AUGGUUUGGGCAAAAUUAUACAUUUAUAAUAUUGUAAUUUGGCUGAUAAUAUCGCCAAUAUUAUCAAUUCAGGCCGAAAAAAGGCUAAAUAACACACAAAUAAGUUUUAAUGAAUCCCAAACUUUAAACAUCCUUCCGGGAAUUAAAUGUUUGUGGACGGAUAGUGAACUCAUUGUUGAUGUGAAAAUUCAAGAUUUACUACAAGAGACGAAAGUGCAAAGUUCGAGGCAAGCAAGGAAAAAGAAAAAAGAACAUCCUUUAAAAAAACUUGCAUACAUGCUGAUGAUGGCACCGAUAGUUUGGCAGGUAUUGUCCUUACCAGGCGCUGUAGCAUCUGUCAAAAUGUCACUUUUAAAGAGUAUCAUGGUGGCGAAAUUAGCAAUCGUAUUAAUGAUCUACAAUUAUAUCAGAAGCACGCAACAUUCGGAGGUUGUGGUCCAUAAGAAGCUCCAUCAUUAUCGCGGUCAAAAUAAUUAUCCCAUUAAAGACGAGGAGGACGAAUGGUUCGGUAGAUGAGUUAAAGUGUAACAAUAAGAACAGAGUGCAUAUUAUGGUUUUCAAUUUUCUAAAGUGACACAC